AUGUUGGCCAGCCAUGCGCUGAGUGUGACCUGGCACGCUGCACGCCGCAAGCAAUUUGGCUCUUUCAGCCUUUCACCGCAAGCAAGACUUCGGCUUUCCCGAAGUCCACCGAAACGUUUUGCGUUGUCCAACGUUUCGCCCAUGGCGGAAGAGGCUCCAUCGAAGUCGUUAAUGGAAGCAGAGGCUGCACACUAUGGGGCCACAUAUGCAGCGAAGGUUGGCGGGAAUUGGUGGAAAUGCAGCUACCUAUGGCGCUGGAGCCUUCCGACCCUCACUCUGAGCCCUCCACUGCUGGCCGAAGGCCUUGGCACCUUUUGCCUGGUCCUCACUGUGGGCUGUGUGGUGAUUGGGCCUGCGCCGGUGCCAUGGGCACCGACCGCCAUCGCGGCAGUUCUCAUGGUCAUGGUCUAUGCCACAGGGCCAAUCUUUGGAGGCAAUCUCAACCCCGCAGUCUCCUUAGCCUUGGCGAUCUCUGGCAAACUGCCAUGGCUUCAAAUGCUCAAGUACUGGGCCGUGCAACUGCUGGGCGGCUUCCUGGGGGCCACAGCCGCGCGGUACAUCUGCGCUCCGAACUACGUCCUGGUGGCGCCCCUCCGGCCCUUCGGAGCAGGCUCUUGUUUCACAGCAGAACUUCUCUACACCUUCAUGCUUUGUUUUGUGGUCCUGAACUGCACUGCCUCGCGACGCAACAACCCCAAAGAUGACCCCAACCAGUUCGGCGGCUUGGCCAUCGGCUUCGUCCUCGUCGCCGGCGGCCACGCGGUGGGCGGCGUCUCGGGGGCCGCGCUGAACCCGGCCUUGGCCUUGAGCGUGGGGACGUGGAAGGAGAUGCACUGGUGUUGGCUUUGGUGCGUGGCCGAACUGCUGGGCGCCACGGCCGCUGCCGGCGCCUUCCGCGCCUUGCGCCCGGAGGAGUUCGCCGAGGACGCCACUGAUGAGGGCUUGCAGACUCACGAGCCAGGCCUUUGGGUGUCGUCGGCCGCCGAGAUGUUGGGCACCUUCAUGCUGGUCUUCACUGUUGGCAUGAACUUGGUUUGCAAGUCGCCCUCCAUGGCCUUCUCUGCGGCAGCUGCGUUGAUGUGUAUGAUCUACUCGGUGGGAAACAUCUCCGGAGCACACCUGAACCCAGCUGUGACUUUGGCAGUGCUUUUGCGGGGCAAGUGCGGCCGCCGCCAAGCGCUUUGCUACGCCGUGGCGCAGCUGCUAGGUGGACUGCUGCCGGGCUUGGGCGUGGCAGCCUUCCACGGAGUCUCCUUCACGGCGCGGAAGUCCAUUCAGCUUACCAUGGGCAAGCACUACAGCAUUUGGCAGGCCUCCUUUGCAGAGCUCUUCUUCACCACCAUCCUGGCUUACGUGGCGUUGGCAGUCGCCACCAGGGAUGUCCCCGCCGAGUCGAAGACCAAGCAGAACUUCUACUUCGGCCUGGCCAUUGGAUCUUGCUUGACUGUUGGUGGUUGUGCUGCUGGAUCCAUCUCAGGUGGCGAGCUGAACCCAGCCGUGUCCCUGGGCAUCUACAUCGCCAAUGUGGUGAGCCCUGGACACUUGGGCGUCGGACCCUUUAUGAACCUGCUUUGCUUUGGCCUCUUUGAGCUCUUGGGCGGCGCCCUGGCCGCUGGUCUCUUCCACCUCACGACUGUGACGGCAGCUGAGACUGAGGGGAAGGCAGAGGCCAAGGGCGAGAAGCUUGACGCCGCGAUCGAAGCGUAG